UGUCGAGGGGGAUCACUUCGGCCGCGCCACUUCCAGGCCUGGUAAAAAGGCCAUGUAUCCUCCCAAGUUCCGUACGAAAAGCCCAAAACCGUGGUCCGCGCCGUGCGUGCGUGUCCGUCAUGCGGCCGUCCCCCGAAGUUUUGUCCCACACGACUCAGAAACUAAUGCUUCAAACCAUCAGCAGCACCUUCAAAACUCCCGUAAAACCACCCAUGGCAAUGGCAUGAUGGCAAGCGCAUCGACAACAGCCCGAGGAUAUCAGCAUACCCCAAGCGCGAGGGCCAUGCGCCUCCUCUGCUUACUCGCUGCCCUCCUCGUCUCCUCCUCUCUGCAAUGCCACGGCCUCCUCCUCCUCCCGCUUACCAACACCCUCUCUUCCCUUGGACUGCCCAACGGCACCUCCAUCCACCACCUCAUCCGCUCCUCCUCCCUCCGUUCCGCCGCGCGCCACGGCCGGCACCGCACGCACCACCUGCCUUCAUCUCGUCGCCACCGCCAGCUAUCUCUCCCGCUCGCCCCGGGCAGCGACUACACGCUAUCACUCUCGGUCGGCCCGCUCUCCACCGCCAACCCGGUGUCCCUCUUCCUCGACACCGGCAGCGACCUCGUCUGGUUCCCCUGCGCCCCGUUCACCUGCAUGCUCUGCGAGGGCAAGCCCACCCCGCCCGGCAACAACAACAGCUCCAACCCUCUCCCACCGCCAACCGACUCCCGCCGCAUCCCCUGCGCGUCGCCGUUCUGCUCCGCGGCGCACUCCUCGGCGCCGCCCGCCGACCUCUGCGCCGCGGCCAGGUGCCCGCUCGACGACAUCGAGACCGGCUCGUGCGCGGCGUCCCACGCGUGCCCGCCGCUCUAUUACGCCUACGGCGACGGCAGCCUCGUCGCGCGCCUCAGGCGCGGGCGCGUGGGGAUCGCCGCGUCCGUGGCCGUGGAGAACUUCACCUUCGCGUGCGCGCACACGGCGCUCGGCGAGCCCGUCGGGGUGGCCGGGUUCGGGCGCGGCCCGCUCUCGCUCCCGGCCCAGCUCGCGCCAGCAGCGCUCUCCGGGAGGUUCUCCUACUGCCUCGUCGCCCACUCCUUCCGCGCCGACCGGCCCAUCCGGCCCAGCCCGCUGAUCCUAGGACGCAGCCCGGGUGAGGACCCCGCCUCCGAGACGGGCAUCGUGUACACGCCGCUGCUGCACAACCCGAAGCACCCGUACUUCUACUCGGUGGCUCUCGAAGCGGUCUCGGUGGGCGGGACGAGGAUCCCGGCCCGGCCCGAGCUCGGGCGCGUGGGCCGCGCCGGGGACGGCGGGAUGGUGGUGGACUCCGGCACGACGUUCACCAUGCUGCCCAACGAGACGUACGCGCGUGUGGCCGAGGAGUUCGGCCGCGCGAUGGCCGCGGCCCGGUUCGAGCGGGCCGAGGCCGCGGAGGACCAGACGGGCCUCGCUCCCUGUUACUACUAUGAUCACGACGCCUCCGCCGCGGAGGAGGGCUCGGCCCGGGCCGUGCCGCCGCUGGCGAUGCACUUCCGGGGCGAGGCCACGGUGGUUCUGCCGCGGAGGAACUACUUCAUGGGGUUCAGAAGCGAGGAGCGGAGGCGCGUGGGGUGCCUGAUGCUGAUGAACGGCGGGGAGGAUGAUGGAGGUGGGCCCGCUGGCACUCUGGGUAACUUCCAGCAGCAGGGCUUUGAGGUGGUGUACGACGUUGAUGCUGGCCGCGUCGGCUUCGCUCGCCGCCGGUGUACGGACCUCUGGGACUCGCUCUCUCGCCGAUGAGUGUGAUCGAUACGGGCUGGAUUGGGCCCUGCUGUUGUAUCUCGUAUGAUUCGCUUAGUUUGUCUCCCAUGUACAGAUAUGGGCAUUGUGCCACGUGUGUUAAAUGCCACACGCAUGUAUUUGUAUUUUGUAAGGUACUCCGUGGUUUGCUUGUGUUUUGCGCACAAGUUUAUUUUUCUACUCUCGUGUCAUGCUGUAGAUCUCUGGUAUCCUGUGCGCAUGCAAAUGCAAACAUGUCUAGUGUUCGUGA